CCCAGCGGCCAUGGCCGAGAGGUUACACAGUAAGAAGAAAGUUUUGACCAAGCUUUGUUAAUUGAUCCUCUCAGCUCUCCAAAUCCAACAAAUAGAAUCUACCCACAAAAAAUCUCUCCCUAUAACCGAACUCCAUGCCAUGCAUGCAUUUUGUAGAAUUUGAGAUGCAGAAACUUGAUUUGGUACUGAUUCUGUCCUUUCUUUCUCUCACCUAUGCAGCGUCAAACACAUCAACAUGUCCCAUAGAUCUUAGUUAUGUUCUGAGAAUCCCAUGGAACUCCUCUGACUGCCAGAGCUACCAUCCUCCAGCAAACCAAACAGACAACACCAACACUCCAUGUUGCCAGGCCAUUCUCUCACUCUUUGGCAUAGGCCUUGCGCAGCACCUCAGGAAGACCACUUUAUUUCAACUUCCAAACUUGAACACAUCCGUUUCUUGCCUUGAAGGUUUUCAGGAAAAACUCACCUCUCUCUCGCUUCCAGGCAAUCUUGUUCCUCUUUGCUUGGAUCCUAUGCAGUUUGUCUCCACACGAAACAUUUGUGCAAAUAUUGAGACAUCUCAGGAUUGGAUUACCAAAUUGGGUAACUCAACUCCUCUUGAUUCUGGUUGUAGUCCUGAUCUUACUGAUCUUACAUCCUGUGAUGCUUGUGUGGCUGCUGGGUUUAAGGUUCAGUCUAUGUUGUUGUUAAAUGAUGGUAAUAUAACUCAUGCCACAGACUGUUUUUAUUUCACAAUUCUUUAUGCUGCUGGUAUUGUUAAUGAGUUUGGUCCUGAGAGUGAUGGUGCUGCAUCAUGUAUAUUUGGCUUGUCCUUAAAUUCACAAGUGGGUUCAACAAAUGAGGGCGAUUCAGCUCUUGUUUUUGGGUUAACUGGGGCUAGUGUUGCUGUUCUUAUCAUGUUGUGUUUUCUAGGAAUGUACUUUUGGUGGGAUAAGAGGUGGAGAAAGAAAAGGGUUGGUGGGUCUAGUUCAGGUUUUGGUUUUGAUUUAGAUGAACAAGGUUCUAGGCCAAGACUGAGGCCGAAUACAGGUUCAAUUUGGUUCAAGAUUGAGGAUCUUGCAAGGGCAACAGAUAACUUUUCACAGAAGAAUUUUAUUGGAAGAGGUGGGUUUGGUUUUGUUUACAAGGGAGUUUUACCAGAUGGGACAGAGGUUGCAGUUAAGCAGGUUAUAGAAUCUGAUUUCCAGCAUGAUACCGACUUUUGCAAUGAGGUUGAGAUUAUUAGCAAUUUGAAGCAUCGGAAUUUGGUACCUCUUAGAGGGUGUUGUGUGGUUGAUGGUGAUCAUGAGAGUUAUGAUGAGGGAGGGAGCCAGAGGUAUCUUGUUUACGAUUACAUGCCAAAUGGGAAUCUUGAUGAUCACUUGUUUCCAUCAGUGCAUAACAUAGGGAGGCGAUUGAAUUGGCCCCAAAGAAAGAGCAUAAUUUUGGAUGUGGCAAAGGGCUUGGCUUAUUUGCACUACGGAGUGAAGCCUGCAAUAUACCAUAGGGACAUUAAGGCCACAAACAUAUUAUUAGAUGCUGAUAUGAGAGCUAGAGUUGCAGACUUUGGGUUGGCCAAGCAGAGCAGGGAAGGGCAGUCUCAUCUCACUACUAGAGUAGCAGGAACUCAUGGGUACUUGGCCCCUGAAUAUGCACUUUACGGGCAAUUGACCGAGAAGAGCGAUGUGUAUAGCUUUGGAGUCGUAGUUUUAGAGUUAAUGUGUGGGAGAAAAGCUCUUGAUUUGUCUUCAUCGGGGUCCCCACGAGCAUUAUUGGUCACCGAUUGGGCUUGGUCAUUUGUGAAAACUGGGAAGACACAAGAGGCUUUGGAUCGUUAUCUACUGAAAGAUGAUGAUUCUGUGAAUUCCAAUCCAAAAGCAAUAAUGGAGAGAUUUGUGCAGGUGGGGAUAUUGUGUGCUCAUGUGAUGGUGGCUUUAAGGCCUACCAUUUUGGAGGCGCUGAAAAUGUUGGAAGGUGACAUUGAAGUUCCUCUCAUCCCGGAUCGGCCAGUGCCCCUUGGACAUCCUUCUUUUCACAGUGGUGGUAAUACUUUCAGCAUCUCACCGGCAUUGAGUGGGCCAAAGUUACAAACUGGGGACAUGCUUAGGUAAGCAUGAGAAUUUAGCAUUGUUAGUCUCUCUACAUUGCCUAAAAUGAUGAGUUCAUGGAAUGUGAUAUUUGAUAUUUUUCGCGGUGCGCACCAAAAAGAGGGAGGCUUGGUGACUUAUUAGCACAAUUGAAGGUUUGAAGAUGAAUGUAUUGUGAGUAUAUAAUGUCUCUUUUUAGCAUUGACAAAUGUAGCGUCGACUUCAGUUCGAUUGUCAAAAUCGGAUUCUUUUUCUUGAUACUUGCCCUACUUCUUCUUGAAAUACAAAGAUGUACCCAUUUAGAUUUUCAUUUUUAACAGAUUAAGUUGGCAACAGCAUGAUCUUAGAUUC